UGUUUAUAAUUAUCAUAAUUAUCAAAACGAUACUUUAUUUGAAAAAAAUAUUAAAUUAGCUUCUGAAAAAUGUAAUUAAUUAAUUAAUUAAUUAACUGCGUAAUCAUUGCGUAGUUUACGUGAAAAACCCGCAAGUUACACACGUUACGCAUAACCACAUUCCAAAACGCGUUUUUGACGUUUUUUGUUUACGGAAAAGUUUAUGUGAGCGGUGAAAACUCAAUUAUUGAGUUUAUUAAUUUAUUCUUAAUUUAAUUUGUGAAAAAAUGUUUAUUAACAAAGUUCUGUAACAUUUUAGUUCAUUUAUUUGUUUUUUAAUAAAACAAUUCUAUAAUUGCUUUAAUUAUAAAAUUGGACGCCAAACCAUGAAAUUUUUAUACAGCAAAAAAAUGAGAUUACUUUGAAAAACCGGGGAAAGAAUGGCUAUCAGAAUAAUAUUUUAUUUAGGAUUAAUUUAUCUUCUUCUGAAUAAAGUGAAAACUGAGGAAAAAUUGGAAAAUGUAACUUGUCAAUUGGAGAAGCCUCUACGAAAGCAAAUUGAGGCUGAACCUUUAAAUGGAAGAUGUUUGAGGGAUAUUGUUGUUCAAUUUGCAAAAGCUCUUAGAACAAUUAGUAACGAUGAAUUGGGUGUUACAAUUUUUCAAGAAAUGCUCGAUAAACAGGAGUUUGUUAAUAUUUCUAAUGGUCCUGAGAUUAAGUUGAAAAAUCUAGUGGAUAAAUUGGAUAAUAAGCUUAAGUCUUACGUUGAAUUGUUACGACAAAGCAAUAGUGUGAUUCAACAAAUAUUACUGAAACACAGUCCAAUUAAUCAACAAAGUCAAGCUUUUCAAUUGAAUUUCGUUCGUAAUCGAGUUUCUAUAAAUGAGAAAUUUGAUAUUUGUUCGCAAAUUUCAACUGCAUUGUCUUCAAAUUUAAGAGAUCAGGAAUGGAAGAAUUUGCACAUUUUGCCAGUGAGUCAACCUGGAACGAUGUGUGGUCCACAAAGUUUAGCUCACAACAUUGGUCCUCUAUUUUUAUCACAAUGUAAUAGAUCAAAACACGUUAUUUUACUUUUGGAACAUGGAAUGUUUAUGUCGGAGGGAGAUAUUACUUUAGCGCAAAUAACUGCUAAGGCGGUUAUCGACAUGCUAUCAGAGACAGAUUACGUUACUGUUGUUGGAUUAGCUGGACGAGGAUCUGUACAUUGCAAAAACGGCUUGGUGAAGGCAAAUGAUGUCAAUAAAUUUCAUUUAACACGGCAUGUUGACACCAUCACUCGAACUGAUUCAAAUCAAACUUUGGAUGUGGAUUUCAAAUUACUAACGGAGAAUUUGACCGGCGAGGUUGUAAUUAUUCACGUGACAAAUAUGCUGAGAAAUACUUCAAAUGUGAAAAACAUUACCGAAGAAAUCUCUUCGGAAAAAUUAACGGCUUACUUGAGAACAAUAUUGAUUCUGUCAGACACUCAAACUCAUUCAAACAUAAAAAAUAUUUCUGAGGACACAAUUACAUUACCCACACAAAAUGUUCUUGGCUAUGAAAUAGCGAAACUCUUUGUCGGAUUAAAAUGUUCGAGUGACGAGAGAAAAGAUUAUUAUCUAUCCGAUCCUUACUUUGAACCAUACACUAAGGCAAUGAUGAUGUCUGUUGGACAAAUAACGAAUGUCGCUGUAUUAUCUCUUGUCGUGAAAUUAAAAGACUUUCUUGAAGAUGUAACUUACUUUAAUGCUGGACCAAAUACUCACGCGAUACUUUUUGAUAAUAAUGAAAUAGUGUGGAUGCACAGAAAUUUUCCUCGAAUGGAAAUGAUAGCGGAGCUACCUUUAAAAGUCUACUUGCACAACAUUGAAAACAUCGAUUCAAAAACAAUUCAAAUACUUUUGAAACAAUCGGAGGGCUUUAAAGUGAUUGAAACUAAAUUGGGAGUAAAGAAACAAAUUUAUUGGAAACAUCUCACUUACAAAGAUUUGAUAGCUUGUGUAAUAUCUGAGAAUAAAGACGACUUUAUACCAGUUGCAAAGUCAGUUCCACCUCUGCCGUCUAAUAUUUUACACCAUCGACUUGAUCUAAUGCUACAAUCUGCCAUCAACAAAGAUAUUUUUUGCUUAAAUCACAACAGAAUUUCCACUCUCUCAACCGGAGUGGUUUAUCUUUCACCAUGGUGUUUUCAAUCUCCAACGGAACAAAUGAAAUUACUCGAAACUGGAUCAGCUGUGACAGUGCAAAGCUACAUGGCCUACAUAAAGGACUUAACGAGACUACUUGCUAAUCCAGGUUUACAUUCUUCAGUGAAACCGGAUAUUGGAACAUUCGCACAGAUUCUCAAUCAUUUUAAAAUUCGUCACAAUGCAAGUUCUCUGAAUAAAUUCGUCGUUCGAAGAUACGUUGUUGCCGCUGCAAGUGGAGCAAUGGAGAUCUAUCCAGGCAUUGUCCUGGAUUCCGAAUUGGAUCCAAAGAGACGAGCUUGGUACGGAAAAGCUCUCGAGUAUCCUGGCAAAAUAGUGUUAACAUCUCCUUAUUUGGACGCUGGUGGUGCGGGCUAUGUGGUAACUUUAAGUCACACUGUCUAUGAAGGUAGAUCGGCAGCACUGCACUCGAAUAAUGAUCCUGUCGUGGCAGUUGUCUCAAUGGACAUCACGUUGGGAUAUUUUUCGAGAAUGCUUCGAGACAUGUUUUCCUUUUGCAAUGAAUCUACCGUUAAAUGUUUCUUGAUGGACGACAAAGGUUAUCUUGUCUUUCAUCCCUCAAUGCUCGAUCCUACCAGCAAAAUUGAACAACAACAUUUGACGCACAAAGAAUUAUUGGUGGCGAACGAUAUUCUCAAUCAUGAACUUUUUGUAAAGAAAAAAUCGUGCGCUAGUUAUUUGGAUGGCACGGCGCAGAGGUAUUAUCAAUUUAAUACUUCAUUGGAGGAGGUGUUGACUAAUAUUGUUCAUGGCGAGCAUUGCAUUAAAUAUCAAGUCGCCGCUGUUCCUGGAACUAAUGUCUUCCUUGGUGUUGUGAAUGCAACCUGCAAUUUGCAUAGAUCUUUCUCCUUUUGCCCGUGCAGUACGAGGGACAGGUUGUGUUUUAACUGUAAAAGAAUGGAGCAAAUGGAAUGUGAAUGUCCCUGCGAGUGCUCUCUAUAUUCAGCGUCAUGUGGUCAGCAGAAUUUCAGUCUUUUGGAACCAUGUCCAGCGCCUUACGAACAAGGGAUUAGUUCACAAUUACUCUGGACACAAUCAGUACCUUUAAAAUCGUGUCCAUCUUUCAGUUGUAAAGACUAUCAGACUGAAAACGAAUGCUUGGGAGUCGUUAAUUGCCAAUGGUGUCAUUAUGACAGCGAUGGAGAAACUCCACUGCAGACUCCGUUCUGCUCCGAUUUGUCUCUUUGUUUUAGAGGAAUUUUCGGCUCCUUGGUACCCUACGGAGAUGGAAGUUACAAAACUCAAUCAACAGAGGAAAUUGUCUCUCGAGAAUGGCCUUCGGUGGGUCCGGUCGCAGGUGGAAUUCUCGCCUUCGUCCUUAUUCUGGGAAUAAGUCUUUUUUGCUACAGAUUGCGAUCGGUUCAAUCAGGUCUUGAGCAUCAGUGUUUACAUCUUCACACAUCGCCAGACACUCUGAGAAUGACAAAUCACGAAGGUGAUCCCGAACCCAUGGAAAUGGAUCAAAUGAAAAAUAAUUUAGAUUCCCUAUUACGUGAAGGUAUUGCGCCAAUUUCGCCUUACAGAGUGUCGACAAAUUAUCGAAGACCUCCCGGCGGUGACAGCGAUCACGGUUAUAGUACAAUGACACCUCAUGAUGAUUCCGAACAGCAAACAUUCGUCGAGCCUCUGUUAAUUGUUGGCGGAAAUACGGAAGCAGAUCUGGUUAAGCAAAAUAGUCGUGCACCAUCGCCAAUGACGCAUUUAGGAUCACCGCAUCAUGUGUUGGCUCCCGUUACUGUUCAUCGACACAUGGAAGCAAAUUUUUGUUAGCACGUGUCUAACAAAUUAAGAAUAAAUAUUGUGACGCCUUCCCUAUAAUUAUUUAGGGAGCAAACGAAUAAAAGUUUUUUUCUUCGGAGCGCGUCACAUAGAAAAUAUUUAUAAAAUUCUUUGACUCAAGUUUCUAACAUUAGAACUAAAAGACGGAAAUUUACAAUUAUUUAAUUAUUUAACAAUUGAAUAUAUUACAUAUUUUUAAUAUAU